AUUACGUCGAGUUUACGCAUUGUUCCCGCCCCAAUGAAAUAUGCGUCUCUAUCACUUUUGUGGGAUCUCUCAUCGUGUUUUCAUCGAACAGCGACUUAUGUCAGUUUGCAUCCGACAUCUGUGUAGUGAAGGUAUUAUUAUUUUAUUGAACCCAGACCCAAUCGGUAUUGAGUCUGUUAACAACUAAAUUCAAAGAUUAAUAAUGUCAUCUAAUAGGUCAAAAAAGAUAAUAGAACUUGUUCAGGUACGCGAUAAAGAACACGAAUCGGUGCAAUCAAUGGAAGUACAGGUAACCAUUUAAGUAAUUUUAAAAAUUAGAUUUGUAUUAACUUCUUAUUUAUUUUAUUACUUAAAUAUGUUUCUUUGUUAUAGAUGUUAGCUGAUAUAACAAACAAGCCCGAAAAUCAGCGUUAUUCAAACUUACAGGUAUAUUUUAAAGGUUCGGAAUCAGCUUCAAUCAGCAAUGAAAAUCCCAUUCAUAAUACGACAGUCGUCCACGAUUGCACUGAUGAAAAACAUUCAAAAUCGGAAAAUAGCGAUAUCGAUUUAAGUGAUCAAGACCCAACAUACAAAGCUCCGUCUAAAAAUAAAAGGAAAAUACCAGUAUAUCUAAGUCAAUCAAAAUCCUCUGGAAGUUCCUCGUCUUCUAAGUCUUCUUCAUCCUCACCAUCUUCCAGAUCUUCCAGUGAUAGUUCCGAUACAGACUCUAGUGAUGAACAGAACGAAACACAAAAUAACAUAGUUCAGGUAACCGCAGAAAAACAAUCAGAGCAAAUAAACAUUAAUGAACCUGCAACAAAAGAAGUUUCGCUAAAUCAAGAUAUUGGAGAAAAUACUACACCACAAGAAGAAAAGAAAAAGGGAAGGAAACGUAAACGGAAUGAAGAAAGCUGGAAACAGAAUGAAGCGAAAACUCUGAGAAAUGCUGGAAAACGAUACAUUAGUAAGAAAAAUAAAGUAAUCAAACCUCGUUCUGUUCAACCUCCCUGUGGUAAUCAAUGUAGGCUCAAAUGCUGUGAAAAGAUAACUGUAGAUCAAAGACAGACAAUUUUUGAUGUGUAUUGGAAUCUCGGCCAGGUUGAUGCUCAAAGAUCGUUUAUUAUGUCUUGUAUAACCAAUAUCUCUCCAAGAUAUAAAUACACAAAUGCUCGUAAUCCAAGAAAUUGCAAUCAGGCAUUCCAUUUUCUAGUAGAAGGGCAAUCGGUACGAGUCUGUAAAACGUUUUUUAUGAAAACCUUGGAUAUUUCUGAUCGUGCUAUACGUACUGUCAAGAGCAAAAUAGACGAACAUGGAAUUCUAGCACAAGAUCUGAGAGGACACCACAGCAACCAUGUAAGGGUUGAUGAAGAACUACUAAAUGAUAUCAAACAGUUCAUAGACGCAAUACCAAGAAUUGAAUCCCAUUAUAUUAGGCAAUAUUCUACUCGUGAAUACAUUGAUGGUGGGAAAACAAUUUCAGAUCUAUUCAGGGACUUUAAAGAAAAUCAAAAUCAAAAUAACAAAGCAGCUGGUAAAUAUUGCACAUUUUAUAAAGUAUUUACACAAGAUUAUAAUAUUUCAUUUUUUCGUCCCAGAAAAGAUCAAUGUGAUUUGUGUAUGCAAUACAAGAAUUCGACGCCAGAACAAAAAGUGUUGCUUAAAGAAUCGUACGAUACCCAUUUAGAAGAAAAAACAUUAAGCCGUCAAGAAAAACAUGAUGAUCGCUGCAAAAUAGACGAUAAAAAUAAAGUUCUUGUGUUUGAUCUGCAAGCUGUUCUGCAAUCUCCUAGAGGAACAACCUCAGGAUUUUAUUACAAAUCAAAAUUAAAUAGUUACAAUUUCACAAUUACUAUGUUAAACAAAAAAGUUGACGGCCAAAUUAAAGACUCGUAUGAUGAUGUACACUGCUUCUUCUGGAACGAAACCGAUGCUAAGCGCGGAGCCAACGAAAUCGGAUCUUGUUUACUAAAAGUUUUUGAAAAGCUUUCAGCAGAGUCACCAAAUGACAAUGGGUGUAAUUUAAUUCUUUAUUCCGACAAUUGUGCCGGUCAAAAUAAAAAUAAAUUUAUAGUAGCACUUUACCUGUACGCAGUCACUCAUCUAAAUAUUAAAUCUAUCACUCAUAAAUUCUUAAUAAAGGGUCAUACACAAAACGAAGGUGAUAAUAUUCAUAGCCUUAUAGAAAAGGAGAUUACAAAAAAUCUAAAGUCUGGUCCAAUAUAUUCCCCUCACCAAUAUGUAGCCAUAAUUAAAAACGCAAAGAAGUCUGGCAAGAAAUUUUUAGUACAUGAACUGACAUUUGAGUCGUUUUUAGACUUAAAAAAACUGCAAGAAGAUUGGGGUUUUAAUUUUAAUAAAACUAAAGACGGGGAAACUGUUUCAUGGAAUGAAUUAAAAGUGAUAAAAGUGAGCAAAGAUACACCUUUUUCAUUUUUCGUUAAAACCUCAUAUAGAGAUAGUGAAUACCAGGAAGUAAGGAUCAGAAACACAAGGAAAAAAAUGCUUCCUCUGAGUGAAAUAGUAUCAACUAAAUAUGUCUACAUAAGUAAGCAGGAACUAAGUGAGAAUAAAAAGAAAGAUCUAAGAGAGCUAUUAUCAAAAAAAUUGAUCCCGAAUUUUUAUUCGGAUUUUUAUAACUCUAUUAUUUAAUAGUGUACCUACCAUAGCAUUGAUUACUGAUUACAUACCAAGGUUAAUUAAAUAAGGUUCCUUAAGUUUAAUUACGUUAGAAUCAGAAAUUUAUAUUUUAUGUUUUAUAGAGAUUUACUAAAGUUAAUUGUGACAUUGUUUUAUUUAAUAAGUCGGAUCACCAAAAAUAGGUUUAUUUUUAAGUAGGUUAGAACUUUUAGUUUUUUUAUAGCAAUUUUUUUCUGUAUAAUUGGAGAAAUUCUCCAGCUUGAUUAAUAAAACAUAUAAAUAAGACUGUUACUUAAAUGUGUUAUUUUUAUCUGCUACUUGUGAAGGCUGCUGCAAUAAGAGAUUGAUGAUUAUAAUUGUCUUUUAAUUAAUUAAAAAAACACCUAUAUUAAAUUUAUUUACGGUCAUCUAUCUUAAUUUGAAAAAAAAAUGACCCAAUAUCUAAAUGUGUUUUCCUAAAGUAAUCAUGUACAGACUAAAUACUGAAUUAGUCAUUAUAAAUAAUACAUUAUUUAAACUGAAACAGGCUUAAAACUUAAUGGAACCUUUGCACUUUAAAAUAUUUGCUUUACUUUUUAUAAAAAACUGACUGAACUUAGAAUAUACUUUUUAUAAUAUUUUUUAAAAAUAGAUAGAAAUUA